AUGGUGGCAGAGUUUGGCGAGAAGUUGGAAAGGGUCCAGCACGACUUCAAGACGUUGGAGGACCAUGUCUUGGAGCAAGUUGACACACUCAAAGGAAAUGCCGAAGAGACCAACAAUGAGGUGGAAGCUCGGUUCAUACAGCUAGAGGAUAUGAUCCAAGUCGUCCGUGAAAGCAUCGAGGGGAUGCGGGAGGAUUUGACGCUCUGCAAGAGAGCCGCCGUUAGCGGGGGUGCUAACCAUGUCUCCACUCCGAGGGUCGAGUGCCCCAAGCCGCAAGGGUUCAACGGGGCAAGGGACGCCAAGGAAGUCGAAAACUACCUAUGGCGGAUGGAGCAAUACUUCGAGGGAAUCGGCCUUAACGACGAGGCAGCCAAGGUAAAGACCGCUGCUUUAUAUCUUUCCGAUACUGCUAUGUUAUGGUGGCGUAGGAAACAUGCCGACAUUGAGCGAGGAGCUUGUCGGGUAGAUAUGUGGGAUGAGUUCAAGAAAGAACUCAAGAAGCACUUCUAUCCCGAGAAUGUGGUCUACGAGGCUCGCAAGAAAUUGCGGGAGUUGAAGCAACGGGGUAUUAUGCGGGACUAUGUGAAAGAAUUCACAACCCUUAUGCUUCAAAUUCCCAAUAUGUCCGAAGAAGAUCUCUUGUUCUACUUCAUUGACGGACUACAAGGAUGGGCCAAACAAGAGAUGCACCGCCGGGACAUUAAAACGGUUGAUGAGGCAAUUGCCAUCGCCGAGUCACUCGUCGACUUCCAACCCUACUCCCACACCAAUGCGACGAAAAAUAAAGAUAAAUAUCCAUCCAAAGAUGGGGGAGAACGGCAGGAGAAUUACCAAGGCAACCGAGACCGAGAUCACCGAAGGCCACAAGCUAAAGAGGGAGAUCGUGAUCGACGUCCGGGGCGAAGGGACUAUGAAGAGAAGAAAAAGGCCUUCGUUCCCAAAGGAGGAUGUUUCUUGUGUAAAGGACCGCAUCCGAUGAGUAGCUGUCCCAAACUUGGUUCAUUGUCUGCCAUCGUCGAUCGUCAAGACACAGAGUCUCAAGCUGAGAUGGGGUCACUCCAAGUUCUAAACGCCUUGAAGGCCAAGCCAUUGACACCAACAUCGAGUAAUGGGCUCAUGUAUGUAGAAGCGGUGAUCAACGAGAAGCCGACAAGAGCCAUGAUGGACACAGGAGCUACCCACAAUUUCGUGUCUAAAGAAGAAGCCAACCGUUUGGGCCUAAAGUACACUGAGAGCACAGGAUGGCUCAAGACGGUAAACACACAAGCUGUACCACUCCAUGGCGUGGUAACCGCUAUCCCUAUGCCUUCCUUUAGUUCUGUUUGCAUCUUGGAGAAAGGGUCUCCUUGCAUGAUCCCCACGGUCGAGGCACCGAAAGAGCAAGGUCGAGAUGCCACACAACUCUCGGCCAUACAACUUGGUAAAGGCAUCAAGAAAGGGGACAUUACUUACUUGGCCAUGCUAAAGGAAGAUGACGAGAUCGAGGAAACGAAUGACCUACCAUUGAUCAUUCGUGAAGUCCUAGAGGAGAACAAGGACGUGAUGCCGCCCGAGUUACCAAAUAAACUUCCCCCAAGGCGUGAGGUGGAUCACAAAUUCGAGUUGGAACCCGGUGCAAAGCCGCCAGCCUUGGCCCCCUACCGAAUGGCCCCACCUGAACUUGAGGAACUUCGAAGGCAACUCAAGGAGCUAGUAGAUAUGGGAAUGAUUCGACCUUCGAAGGCACCGUAUGGCGCACCGGUACUCUUCCAAAAGAAGCACGAUGGGUCAUUGCGCAUGUGCGUUGAUUACCGGGCACUUAACAAGCUAACCAUUAAAAAUCGCUACCCGAUCCCUUUGAUUGCCGAUUUAUUUGACAGACUUGGAGGAGCCAAGGUGUACACGAAGAUGGACUUGCAAAAAGGCUACUACCAAGUUUGA